UUAAAUCUAGACAAUAUAGUCGCUUCUCGUGCCAUUCUUGCUAAAUUCUUGGAAAUUUCCCACACUACUAUUUUCGGACAAAUUAUUGAUUUAUUCCCAAAAUUCUGGUUUAAAUAAUUAAAUAAUCCAUCCCGCGUCAAAUAAAUCAUUCAACAAAUACCUAUAAAAACCACCUCACAAACACCAUACUAUAACAUAAAAAAUCUCAAAAUUCUUUGAUCUACAUAAUAAUCACAUUUGUUUCUAUUUCAUUACGAUGAAAACAUGCACAACAUAUUGCAAGAGAGUUUUCAACUCAUUCGACGAGGACAAGGAUGGCAAGAUAACUCCCUUGCAGCUGCAGAGCUGCCUAGCGAUGAUGGGCGGCGGGCUGUCGGCCGAGGAAGCAGAGAUGGUAGCUCAGCCUCUCCUCUCGGCCGGGCUGGUAGGGCUGGCCGAGUUUGCCAGCUUAGUGGAGGCCGACGACGAAGAGGAGAAGAGGGAAGACUUGAGAAAGGCGUUUGAGAUGUAUAAGAAUGAAGGGGAAGAAUGCAUCACCCCAAGAAGCUUGAAAAAUAUGUUGGGGAGAUUGGGAGAUUGGAGUGUAGAUGAGUGUGUUGUGAUGAUCAACAAAUUUGAUGUUAAUGGAGAUGGGGUGCUUUGUUUCCAAGAAUUUCAAUUGAUGAUGAUGAUCAACUAGCAAUUUGUAAAUUUUAACUUAUUCUUUUAAUUACUAGGGAAACUUAUUACCAA